AUUCCAAAAUGCUUGUUUCCCUCCUUUUUUUUUUUUUUUGUCAAUUUGUAGAGAGCCUUGUAUUCGAUUUAGAGCAAAAUAAAGUCUAGAAAGGCAAACCGCUUCCAUUUCUUGCUCUUCAUUCAUCGCUCCUGUACAACUGUUUAUGGACGUUCAGGACAACGGAGUUCGCCAAUGAAAGAAAAAUGGGGAAGAGAAAGUGGUAAGAGAAUCUCGAAUUUCCGCAUACUGAUACAAUAUUGUUUUUUUCACAGGUGAUGCUGAUGGAUCCAAUCUCCAACGAUCGAUCGAAGAGACACACUGCCCUCGUCUGGGAAGAAGAGGAGGCACGGGAAAAAUCUCUAACGAAUAUUUCUGACGAAUCUGGCAUUCUUUAAAAUACCGGAUAUCAAUUAUUAAUCGACACGUUGCUUGAGUUUCAGGGACGAUUCUUACUAACUCGAGCGAGCUCGAAUUCAAAGGACGAAACACGAAGGCUACGGACACUACUACCACUACUACUACAAAGUGAACAAAACACGGAAUAAACACGAAGGAAACACGUUGGAGGUUUCUUCGCGAGCCUUGGAUGGAGCUCGGACGGGGCGAGGCGAAUGUCACGCGUCACAGCCAAUGAAGUUCCAGCACCGUUGACGCCUCAACGGCGGGCAAGGCUUCAUUGUCCCUCCCGUCACGGAGGGAGANACAACAACAACAACAACAACAACAACAACAACAACAACAACAACAAUAACAACAACAACAACAGAUCGAUCGGCAGCGUGUCAGUGUCGGGGCUCGAUCGUCGACACAAUUGCUCGAGAUGCGGGAAGAGCUACAAGAACGCUUACAUAUUGAAGAGGCACUUGUUGUACGAGUGCGGCAAAGCGCCCUCCUUCAAUUGCCCCCAUUGCACGUUUAGCUCCAAGUACGAGAGAAAUUUGAAGGCGCAUAUUAAUCACCGCCACGUGGCCUCGCAGUCGGCCGGCACCACGGUUAAUCAGAGGGCCUGAACGAGGAGGAUUCCUCGCGAUACUCCCGAAUCUGAAUCGGGGGGGAGGGAGAGCGAGUGAUAACUUUCGGAUCGAAAAGUUCAAGUGUUUUUCUCGUUUUUUUUUUUUUUUUCUUUUC